CUUUGCCCCUUGGAAAUAAGCACGUGACUGAAGGGAUGUCAGUGCUCUUCUCCCGUCUGCCUCCUUACACUGUGAUCCUGUCAGUCCGAGCUCUGGCCCAAAUGUCUCGCUCUCCCCCGACCGCGCCUCCCCCGCCGGGUCCUCUGCUCCCGCGCACCGUCCUGGGCACCAUGGAGUUCGGGAGGCGGAUGGACGCGAGGAGUAGCGGGGAAGUGGUGCGGGAUUUCCUCGGGCGCGGGCAUGAAGAGUUGGACACGGCGCUAAUGUACGCGGAGGGAGAAACCGAGCGGAUAAUUGGAGGGAUGCAACUUGGGUCACAAGCCAAAUUGGAAACCAAAGCAAAUCCCUGGGAGGGGAAGACCCUGAAGCCCGAGAGUGUGCGCCAACAACUGGAGACAUCUCUUCAGCGGCUUCAGACUCCCAGUGUCCACCUGUUCUACCUGCACGCACCUGAUCACCAGACUCCUGUAGAGGAGACCCUGGCUGCCUGCCAACAGCUGCACCAGGAGGGCAAGUUUAAGGAACUGGGACUGUCCAAUUACGCUGCUUGGGAGGUGAUGGAAAUUUACUGCAUUUGCAAACACAGGAAUUGGGUGCUGCCCACUGUCUACCAGGGCAUGUAUAAUGCAACCACAAGGCAAGUGGAGACUGAGCUUCUACCCUGCCUGAGGCAACUGGGAAUGAGGUUCUAUGCCUACAACCCACUGGCUGGGGGGCUGCUGACCGGGAGGUACAAGUAUGAAGAUAAAGACAAAGAACAGGCCACAUGCAGAUUUUUUGGGAACAGCUGGGCAGAAACCUACAGGAACAGAUACUGGAAGAAACAUCACUUUGAUGCAAUUGAUCUGGUGCAAAAGUCCCUGCAGGAGACAUACGGGUCAGAGAAACCCAGCCUGACAUCUGCCGCUCUCAGAUGGAUGUACCACCACUCAAAACUGCAGGGGAAUCUUGGAGAUGCAGUUAUCCUGGGAAUGUCCAGUAUGGAGCAGUACCUGCAGAACAUGGCUGGGCUGGAAGGGGGUCCCCUGCUCCCACCAGUCGUUGCAGCUUUCAAUGAAGCCUGGAAUCUGGUCGCUCACGACUGUCCCAAUUAUUUCCGCUAAGUGAAACCCAAGCACUCGAGUAAUGUCGCCUGACCUGAGCCCCCAACUGUUGAUUCCCAGGGAUUUGUACUAAAAUAAACACUUUCAGUUGGAAUGGGACCUGGGUGGGUGCAGCCUUCACAAUGGAAUCCCAGACCCAUUAGUUGUUGAUUAUAAGAUGAAAAUCUCAAUAAAUAGUUUCUAAUUAUAA